GACACUCACUGCGAGGGUCCACAGCUUCAUUCUUGAAGUCAGUGAGACGAAGAAUCCACCAAUUCUGGACACACUGGGAUUGGUCAACACUCAGGUGCGGUAUCCGUAAGCCACGCAGAGGAGCAAUCACACAGUGACUGAGUUCAUCCUGCUGGGCUUCACCACAGAUCCAUGGAUGCAGCUGGGCCUGUUUGUGGUGUUCCUGGGCGUGUACCCUCUGACUGUGGUAGGUAAUAGCACCUUCAUCAUGUUGAUCUGUAAUGACUCCCGCCUCCACACACCCAUGUAUUUUUUCACUGGAAAUCUGUCAUUUCUAGAUAUCUGGUAUUCCUCUGUCUACACCCCAAAGAUCCUAGUGAUCUGCAUCUCUGAAGACAAAAGCAUCUCUUUUGCUGGCUGCCUGUGUCAGUUCUUCUUCUCUGCCGGACUGGCCUAUAGUGAGUGCUACCUGCUGGCUGCCAUGGCUUAUGACCGCUAUGUGGCCAUCUCCAAGCCCCUGCUUUAUGCUCAGGCUAUGCCAGGGAGAUUGUGCAUCUGUUUGGUUUUAUAUUCCUAUACUGGAGGUUUUGUCAAUGCGAUAAUAUUAACCAGCAACACAUUCACACUGGAUUUUUGUGGUGACAAUGUCAUUGAUGACUUUUUCUGUGAUGUCCCACCCCUGGUGAAGCUGGCAUGCAGGGUGAGAGAGAGCUACCAGGCUGUACUGCACUUCCUGCUGGCCUCCAAUGUCAUCUCCCCUACUGUGCUCAUCCUGGCCUCUUACCUCUCCAUCAUCGCCACCAUCCUGAGGAUCCGCUCCACCCAGGGCCGCCUCAAAGCCUUCUCCACAUGCUCCUCCCACCUGAUCUCUGUUACCUUAUACUAUGGCUCCAUUCUCUACAUCUACUCUCGGCCAAGUUCCAGCUACUCCCUUGAGAGGGACAAAAUUGUUUCUACCUUUUAUACUGUGCUGUUCCCCAUGUUGAACCCUAUGAUCUACAGUCUGAGGAAUAAAGACGUGAAAGAAGCUCUGAAAAAAUUCUUCAAGUCAGCAUAAUCCAAAGUCUGAAUUGACAUAAAGUUCCCAAAUCAGUGCUAAGUGAUAACCAACCGCUCAGAGAGGUUACAGAACUAGAUUUUUAUUUCUUUUUUACCAUUGAACAAAAUUCAACGGGAAAAAUUUUGUUUCUUUGUAUUUUUGUUUGUUUGCUUGUGUGUUUUUUAUGGUUUUGAUAUCAGACUAUAAUAUAUACUACAGAAUGGUAGGUUCAAUUGAAUAUUGAUACAGUAUUUAAAAUUCAGUAUCUCCGAUUAAUACAAAAUGGAAGAGUAAUACUUCUGACAUCCUAAAGUAAAACUAAAUUUUACUUUGUUGUUUCCCCUAAUACUGACCCAAUUAUUUUUCCUACAUAGUGAGUAUUAUGGAGAUGAAAAGAAAUCAUAAUAUGGAUCAUUGAUAUUUGUGGGAUACACCCAAAAUCCUUAUAGUUAAGUACACAAACAGCUUCCUUUGUGAUAGAGGAAUGAGAAUGUUAUGAUUAUUUUGAUGGAAAGAGGCAGGAUGUGUUGGAAAAUAAAUGCAGCCGAAGAGAAAGAUGAGAAAUGUCACAGCAAAGACGAAUGAAAUGGCUACAACUAUAUGUCCCAAAUUUUUAAAUUUUAAUUAAUUUUGUAAAUGUGCUCAUUCCAGCAAGUGCUAUAACCUUUCAUUAACAAAGUGCUAACCUCUGAGCCGCAAGCUUCUGAUUUGAAAACUGUAACCAAUAAUCCUUAACUUGCCGUCUUCUAAAGGCUACUGAGUGAAAUAUCAACUCAACCUGCCAUCACAAGGGGGUUCGGUUACGGAGUUUAUAUCAGGGUUUAGGGAACUGGGCUCAAGGCCAAGCCUCAUUUCCACGUGGUUAGCAACACGUUUGAUUUUUCAGGAUUUCAGGCAUCGACCUCAACAAGUUUAUCAGUUCUUAGGAAUGUUCAAGGCCCAGGCUGGGUUCAGGCCAGGGGCAAACAUGCAGCUUAUGUCUUUUGGUCAGGACAAAGGAAAAAGAAAGGUAACUAGGGAGCGGUGGUUACUGUUGUUCAUUUGUUUCAUUUUGUUUGAUGUUGUUAGAUCGCUGUGUGAUCUGAGAGAGAGUACUAUGGAGUACUCACUCCUUGUAAGAGAGAACACUCUUUUAGGAUGAUAUGCAAUUCUAAAGACACAUAUUCAUUAAUUUAGAGAUAGUUUUGCUGUUGUCAUUGUUGUUUGUAACCUGAACAACUCUUAAACGUCUUCCUAAUAUUCUCUUUACGUAGAAGGCAUGAGGUUUACAAAGAUACUUCCUAUAUGCUCAAUUAGAGCUUUCUGAAGAAAUUUUGAGGAAAUGAUUUUCUUAAAAUAAAUAUUUGUAAAAUCUUGAGCAUAUUUCCAGAAAUCUCACCCUUUAAGAUAUUCUUGUCACCUAGUAAAGAUUGCUUACCAAGCUUCAAAGUCAAACUAUACUCAUUAAACCACAUAAUUUCCUUUGUUCCCCAAGAUCUCCCAAAGGCAGCAAACACAAUGAAAUCUAUGAAAGAUUGAAUACUGCCGAGGCAAAAUACCGUAUUGCAGAAUGUCAAACAACCCAAUACUAUAAGUUUUAAAUAUUGCUUUGUUUUGCUUACAUCACAACAAACUAAUAACAAUUAAAGACUCAUGUGGUCAAUCUUU